UGUGGUCAAAGUUUUGUACGAAAAUCAACUUUAAAUGUACACAUGAGAAUCCACACAGGACUGAAACCAUUUGCUUGUGAUGUUUGUGGACAAAGGUUCGGAGUAAAGUCCACUUUAAAAGUACACAUGAGAAUCCACACAGGAAUGAAACCAUUUGCUUGUGAUGUUUGUGGACAAAGGUUUGGAGUAAAGUCAACGUUAAAAUCGCACAUGAUAAUUCACACAGGGCAGAAACCAUUUGCUUGUGAUGUUUGUGGACAAAGGUUUGGACUAAAGUCACAUUUAACAAACCACUUGAGAAUCCACACAGGACUGAAACCAUUUGCUUGUGAUGUUUGUGGAAAAAUGUUUGGACUAAAGUCACAUUUAAACAGACACAUGGGAGUCCACUCUGGUGAAAAACCAUUUGCUUGUGAUGGUUGUGGACAAAGGUUUAGACUGAAGUCAACUUUAAACAAACACAUGAGAAUCCACACUGGACAGAAACCAUUUGCUUGUGAUGUUUGUGGGCAAAGGUUUAGAGAAAAGUCAACUUUACAUUUGCACAUGAGAAACCACACAGGAGAGAAACCAUUUGCUUGUGCUGUUUGUGGACAAUCAUUUGGAGUAAAGUCACGUUUAAACGCACACAUGAGAAUCCACACAGGACAGAAACCAUUUGCUUGUGAUGUCUGUGGACAAAGGUUUAUAUACAAGUCAACUUUAAACUCACACUUAAGAAUUCACACAGGAGAGAAACCAUUUGCUUGUGAUGUUUGUGGAAAAAACUUUGGACGAAAUUCAACUUUAAAAAUGCACAUGAGAAUACACACAGGACAGAAACCAUUUGCUUGUGAUGUUUGUGGACAAAAUUUUGGACAAAAGAUAACAUUAAUCAAACACAUGAGAAUCCACACAGGACAGAAACCAUUUGCUUGUGAUGUAUGUGGACAAAGGUUUGGACUAAAGUCAAAUUUAAGCUCUCACAUGAGAGUCCACACAGGACAGAAACCAUUUGCUUGUGAUGUUUGUGGACAAAGGUUUAGACGAAAGUCACAUUUAAACUCUCAUUUUAGAAUCCACACAGGAGGAGAAAACAGUUCAGUUUUUAAUAUUUAG